AUGAGUUUUCUAGCUGGAAGAUUAGCAGGAAAAGAAGGAGCCUUCUUUUUCCAGGAAUCCAAACACGCCGUUAACCGCCUCGCAGAGAAAUCCACCACCACCGUCAAGAACCUCCCACCUGCAUCUUCUACAAUAGAGCAUGAAUCCCAAGCCGACGUGCUUCCCGAGGUGUUAAGACAUUCUCUUCCUUCCAAGAUCUUCAGCAGGCCGUACGACCCGUCUUCGCUGUCCACAGCAUCCAAGUGGGUCCUUCGCUCUGAUCUUACAAAUAGUAGUUCGACUCUGACCCCUGACGAUCUCAAUCCUCUCCGAGCUUAUGUCUCCCUCCCUCAGGUCAAUUUUGGUCCCAAAAGAUGGCAAUUGCCGGCUCGGGAGCACUCGGUGCUGGCGUCGACGGCGAAUGAGAUGCGAAAAGACAGAUAUGCCACUGUAAAUCCCGAGAAAUUGAAGGCCGCAGCCGAGGGGCUUCUUUAUGUCGGAAAGGCAUUUGCAUUUGCAACUGCAAUUGUGUUUGGUGGCGCCACUUUGGUGUUUCAUUUGGCGGCUUCCCGGCUAGAGCUGCGCCGUGUUGAUGAUAUCCGAACUAAAGGGAAAGACCUGGUUCAGCCAACAAUUUAUACGAUCAAGGAGCAAUUCGUGCCCUUAAAAACUUGGGCUGAAGAUACAUCGAAGAAAUGGCGUCUUGAUAGGCAGGAAGAUAUGAAAGAGAAACCUUUGGUCAAGGAGCUUUCUAAAGUUCUGGGUGUAAAAACUUCCUAG